UUUGCAGGAACGAUAGGCGGCGACGGCUCCCAAUGCGGUGGAGGGCCGCGGAAAGUCCGCGGGGCGGCGCGCGUUAUCGAUCCUUCUUCAGCCCUGCAGCCCGCACACCGUUCGUUAAAAGGCAAACAAGACGACCCUCAUUCUCACUUUUCAUCCGGGUCUGCUCUUGCCAAUGCUUACUUCUACACUCCCUCCGCCUUGAUCCUUCUUUUCCGCGCUGUUACCCGCUCAACGCCUUCAGGACGAGCUUUCGACAGCUUGAACUCACUCUCCGUCCAGGCCCGUUCUUGCCAAUGCUUGCUUCUAUACUCGAUCCACCUCGACCCUUCUUUUCCGCCGUUCGCAAUUAGCCCUAGGUCAUUACCCGCUGAAAGCCUUCAAGCUGAGAUUUUCCCCUCCAACUGGCAUGGACGAUUCGAAAGACAUCGGAGGCGACCCGUCAAUCCACUCUGAGGAUACAAACCAACAAGACGACCUUGAGUACAAGCAAGAUGUGGAAAAGCAACACAUUGACAACAAGGUCGAAGAUGGCGCUGCUGCCGACGCUGAAGCGCACAAAGACUUGAAUGUCGUCGGCUGGGACGGCCCAGACGACCCUGCAAAUCCCAUGAACUGGCCGAAGGUGAAAAAGGUCGGCGCUAUAGCGGUGGUCUCCUUCAUCACCUUGCUAUCGCCACUCGCUUCCACUAUGAUCUCGCCAGCUACUGCAGAGGUCAUGGAAACCUUCCACUCCACAAACGAGACCAUGGGCGCUUUUGUGACAACGGUAUAUCUCCUCGGAUACGUUUGCGGACCGCUAGUCCUCGCGCCUCUCUCCGAGCUCUAUGGCCGUGUCAUCGUUUACAAUGUUUGCAAUUUCGUCUUCUUGAUAUUCAGCAUCGCCUGCGCAGUCGCCAACAGCAUGGGAUCCCUGAUCGUGUUCCGGCUGUUUGCCGGUAUCGCCGCGUCUUCUCCUAUCACUCUUGGGGCCGGGACGAUAGCGGAUAUGAUACCUCUGGAGAAGCGUGGUCUCGCCAUGGCCUUAUGGAUUUUGGGACCAUUGUUGGGGCCCACCUGCGGGCCGCUAGCUGGGGGUUAUCUCGCUGAAGCCAAAGGUUGGCGUUGGAUUUUCUGGGUGAUAUCUAUAUGCGCUGGCGUUGUCUGUAUAGUCACCCUCAUCUUCAUUCGCGAAUCUUACGCGUAUGUGAUCCUACAACGGAAGACGACGCGCUUGCGGAAAGAGACCGGGAACCAGCAACUACGGUCUGCGUUGGAUACUGGUAGAGACCCUGCCGAGCUAUUCAAAUUCUCUAUCGUGCGACCAAUCAAAAUGCUUGUCCUGUCUCCGAUUGUCUUAUUAAUGAGCCUCUAUCAAGCAAUAGUGUAUGGCUACUUAUAUCUGCUUUUCACAACUUUUCCUCGCGUCUUCGAAGGCCAGUACGGUUUCUCGCAAGGGAGCGUCGGAUUGACGUACAUGGGCGUGGGCAUCGGGUCCUUCAUCGGCUUGAUCUUGUGUGCGGCAUCCUCGGACCGGAUCGUCACCACAUUGACCAAGCGCAACGGCGGAACAGCGAAGCCGGAAUAUCGCCUUCCGGUUAUGUUUAUUGGGUCCCUGGCAGUGCCGAUUGGUUUGUUUUUGUACGGCUGGACGGCGGAAAAGAAGGUGCAUUGGAUCGCGCCAAUAAUUGGCACAGGCUUUCUUGGCAGCGGGCUUUUCCUGAUAUUCCUGCCGACCAGUAGCUACUUAGUGGAUGCCUACACAGUGUAUGCUGCGUCUGUAUCAGCGGCAGCGACAGUCUUCCGCUCCCUCCUCGGCGCCCUGUUACCUCUGGCCGGUAACAGUAUGUACGACGCUCUAGACGUGGGAUGGGGUACAUCGCUCCUGGGCUUCAUCGCGGUGGCGUUCAUUCCUGUGCCUCUAAUCUUUUGGAUGUUCGGCCAGCGAAUCCGAGAAAGUAGGUUCGCGCAAGUCCAGUUCUGACCGAAGAGCCGCAGUACGAAGAUUGUCAUAUUUUUUGAGUCACCGAUGUGACCACCUAGCUCAGUGACUCAAAAUAUACGAUAAUCUUCGUAUGGGGUGAAAAGGAACCGGGACAAAUACGACGGCAGACCUUGGUUCGAACCUUGGGCUCUCUUUGUCUGUUUUGACCUCUUGUAAUAUACUACCGUUGGCAUGAGGGACAAGGCCACGCAGCGAUACGAGGACGGAUUAACAAUCGAAAUCUCAGCUCCUUCUUGAGGUAGAACGAAGGCUGCAGGAGAACUCGCAGCGGAACCGGCGUUGGGCCGGCUUGAAGGCUGCCAUAU